AUGACUACAUGGAAGAAUGGCUUGGAUUGCUGCUCGUGGGAUGGUGUCACCUGUGACAAUAUAACAGUGCGGUUUGGUGCAAUUACAGGGGAACUUCCGCCCAACAUUUUUAGCUUGCCUAACCUCCUUGAUCUCAAUUUGGAAUACAAUGAUUUAACGGUUUCUUUUCCGAAGUCUAAUUGGAGCAAGUCUCUUGAAUCCUUAACCCUCUCGUAUACAAGCAUUUCGAGCAAAAUACCCAAUUCAAUCGGUGAAUUCAAGAAUUUAAAAACUCUGCAUCUUAGCAAUUGCACAUUGACAGGAUCGAUUCCCUCAUGGCUUGUGAACUUAACAAAAUUAACCACUUUGGACCUUUCACGCAAUGAAUUAACUGGUCAUAUCCCGUCAUUUGUUGUAAAGCUUGAACAACUCAUGGAUGAAGACCUUUCUUUCAACAACUUCACCGGUGUUUUAGACUUGGGAGUCUUUUCGACACUGAAAAAUCUGCUAGCCCUUCGUCUUACAGUUGAGCUAAAUCUAAUGUACAACAGUAUGAAUCACACAUUUCCGAAGCUUGAGACUUUGGGCUUGCCUUCCUGCAACUUGACCGAGUUCCCUCCUUUUCUGAACUCUUUAAAAGUGCUAAGAGAAUUAGAUCUCUCCGAAAACAAGAUUGGCGGUCAGAUACCGAGAUGGUUUUGGGAUGUAGGGAAAGGUACCCUACAGUCUCUUGAUAUUUCUAGUAACCUUAUUGAGGGAGGCAUACAACAACUUCCUUGGAAAGAGUUGAUCGAUGUAGACCUUAGCGACAACUUAUUCCAAGGCCCACUUCCAAUUCCACCACUCCCUAUAGUUUACUUUAGGGCCACCGACAAUCGCUUCAGUGGAGAGAUUCCCUCUUCCAUUUGCAAAGUAAGCUCCCUUAAAUCUCUAAGGUUGGCUCGUAACAAUCUCUCGGGCUCUAUUCCACAAUGUUUGGGAAAUUUAGCCAACCUCUCAAGUCUAGACUUGAGUGCCAAUAAGUUUGAAGGGACAUUUCCGCGGUCUUUAGAUAGUUGUGCAUCAUUGGCCGUGCUAAACGUUAGUCACAACAGAAUCAACGAUACUUUUCCGAAGUGGUUGCUAGAAGCCCCCUCAUUACAGGUCAUCGCUCUGCAGUUCAAUGAAUUCCAUGGCCAAAUCGAUCCUCCAACUAUUCCAUUUCAUCCCUCCAUGCUCUCUAGUUUUUACAUAUCAAACAAUAAUCUAGGGGGUCAAUGGCCUGAAGAAUAUUUUCUCCAUAGGUUGAAUAUGUGGAUGAUUGAUCUGUCCAACAACAGAUUCGAAGGUCCUCUUCCAAUUCCACCACCCACCGCUCUCUUCUAUUUCAUUGCAAACAACAAGAUUGGUGGAAAUGUUUCUCCUUUGAUAUGCAAUGCCAGUGAGCUCAUGGUCCUUGACUUGUCCAAUAAUAGUUUGAUGGGCACCUUGCCAGAGUGCUUGAUGAGCUUUAGCAAAAAUCUCUCGGUGCUCAACCUCCGAAUCAACAAGAUUCAAGGUAUGAUCCCUAGAAAAUUUGCUAAUGACAGCAAACUAAGGACUAUCGACUUUAGUCAGAAUCGAUUUGAAGGGACAUUGCCAUGGUCCUUGUUACAUUGUGAAAAUUUGGAAGUUUUGGAUCUCGGCAACAAUAGAAUGAAGGAUACAUUCCCCGAUUGGUUGGGAACCCUUCCCAAGCUGCAGGUUCUUGUUUUGAGGUCCAACAUGUUCCAUGGCUUUGUGAGCAGUCCUAGAGAAGCUCGCUCAUUUUCUGAAUUGCGCAUCUUCGACCUGUCCAACAACAAUUUGAGUGGUCCUUUACCCGUUAGUUAUAUUAUGAAGCUUACUGCCAUGAUGUAUCAGGAUAAAAGACAAGGCAAGCUGCAGUAUAUGGGAGAUGGUAAUUAUCAAGAUUCAGUCAUGGUGACCAUGAAAGGACUGGAGAUACGAUUGGUGAAAAUUCUAAAUGUUUUCACGAGUAUCGACUUAUCGAGCAACCAUUUUGGUGGGGAGCUUCCCGUGUAUAUUGGAAACCUAAAGUCGCUCAAAGGGCUAAACUUUUCCCACAACAAUCUCACGGGCUAUAUCCCUCUGUCUAUUGGCAAUUUGACUGAACUCGAAUGGCUAGACCUCUCUUCAAACAAGUUCAUUGGAAGCAUUCCUCAAGAACUAGCGGAUUUGACGUCUCUUGCAUUCUUGAACCUCUCAGAGAAUCAGCUCAUCGGACCUAUUCCUCGAGGAAGGCAAUUGAACACAUUCAAGAGCGACUCGUUUGCCAUGAAUCCUAGACUAUGCGGAUUUCCAUUGCCGGAGACAUGCACAAACAAUCCACAAGAAAUUCCACUUGUAACCAUUCUUCAAGAAAAUGAUACAGGGCACGGAAGCUGGUUUGAGUGGAGAGCCAUAUUGAUGGGUUAUGGGUGUGGAACCGUAGGUGGAGUCUCUCUAGGAUACAUUGUUCUUGGAUCCAAAAAAUUUGAAUGGCUCGUGGGGUUGCUUGAAAGGAAAGGAGCUAAUAUGAGAAAGAAGUGGAGGAGGAAUGCUCGUAGGUCUUAUCAAAUAUGA